AUUCCCUGGAAGUAGAGGACCGCCCCUCCCCCUCCUCCAGCCCCACCUCCGCUGUCUGGCAUCCACCUCUGUGGCUCCUACCUGAGUGCUCCUGAGUUAGAUGGCUGAUAAGCAGAUCAGUCUGCCAGCCAAGCUCAUCAAUGGCGGCAUCGCUGGGCUGAUCGGGGUCACCUGCGUGUUCCCCAUCGACCUGGCCAAGACGAGGCUGCAGAACCAGCAGAAUGGCCAGCGCCUGUACACCAGCAUGUCUGACUGCCUCAUCAAGACCAUCCGCUCAGAGGGCUACUUCGGGAUGUACCGCGGAGCCGCCGUGAACCUGACCCUCGUCACCCCGGAGAAGGCCAUCAAGCUGGCAGCCAAUGACUUCUUCCGAUAUCAGCUCUCCAAGGACGGGCAGAAGUUGAGCCUGUUCAAGGAGAUGCUGGCGGGCUGUGGGGCCGGCACCUGCCAGGUGAUCGUGACCACCCCCAUGGAGAUGCUGAAGAUCCAGCUCCAGGACGCGGGCCGCAUUGCUGCCCAGAGGAAGACCCUAUCUGGCCAGGCCCAGCUUUCCGGCCGGGGGGGUGCCCAGCCCUCCAUGGAGGCUCCAGCUGCACCCCGGCCCACAGCCACUCAGCUGACCCGGGAUCUGCUGCGGAGCCGCGGCAUCGCCGGCCUCUACAAGGGACUGGGGGCCACUCUGCUGAGGGACGUCCCCUUCUCCAUCGUCUACUUCCCCCUCUUUGCCAACCUGAACCAGCUGGGCCAGCCGGCAUCUGGGGAGAAGUCUCCUUUCUACGUGUCCUUCCUGGCCGGCUGCGUGGCUGGGAGCGCGGCUGCCGUGGCCGUCAACCCCUGUGACGUGGUGAAGACCCGGCUCCAGACACUCGAGCGCGGCGUCAAUGAGGACACCUACUCGGGGUUUCUGGACUGCGCCAGGAAGAUCUUGCGGAACGAGGGCCCCACAGCCUUCCUGAAGGGUGCUUACUGCCGCGCCCUGGUCAUCGCCCCGCUGUUCGGCAUUGCUCAGGUGGUCUACUUCCUGGGCAUCGCCGAGACCCUGCUGGGGCUGCCGCGAGUCCAGCCCUGAGCCCGGCCGCCACCCCACGCCCACCAGCUGAGCGGGACCAGAGUGGGGCCAGAGCCAGGCAACACACCCGGCUGAUACGAGAGUCUCUCCCCACAUGGACGUGGGGGCGGGGGGAGAGGAAGGGGCACAGGGUCCACACGGUGUGCACACAUGGGCCUGGUGGGGUCCUGCUUGCACGACCCCUGGGAUCAAUGUCUUAGGUAGAAAACUCAGAAAUCUUUACAUUCCUGGAGCCAGCCCUGCCCACCAUUGCCCCUGCCUGAACACCCCCAGGGACAGAGCUGGACUCUGGACCGGGGGCCCCCAGGCCUGGGCUGGGCAAACUGGACCCUCCCCUCCAGUCUACCAGCUCCCGUCCCCGAGGCUUGGCCCCUAGUCCACAGAGGGGAUCCUGCACAAACCUAUUUAUUAACUUGCUGAGCACAAGUGGCUCUGUCCAUCCCUCUGUCUGUCCGUCCAGCCUCCCCUGCUGCUGUUCUCACCUUGGCCAGCCUUGCGGGAGGAUUGGGCUCUCCUGUCCCCCAUAUUGAGCCCGGAAUCCUAGGCUGGGGGUCACCCUGCGUUCUGACUCCCAGGACAGGUUCCCCGCCCCUACUGUGGGACCCAGCCUCCCUCCUGGUAGGCCCCUUGGCCUCCAGCCCAGGCUGGGGACCCAGAGCAUGUGAAGUCGGGGCGCAUGUAUGAAUGUUGUGGGAAGCAGCUGGUGGCAGCCCUUUGCUGGCCUGGCCCCUCAGGGAUGGGGCUGUUGGGGGGACUGCUGCCCUUCCCCACGUGGCCAGGCGUGUGUGUGUGUGUGUGUGUGUGUGUGUGCGAGCGUGUGUGUGCGUGUGCAUGUGUGUGCACACGCACGCACGUGUGCUGUGUGUGUCCUAGACUCCCCACUGCCCCCGUCCAGAAAUCCAUUUCUCCAGCCUGCCCCCUCCUGCUGCACCUUUAGUAGACCCCUCUUCUGAGACCACCACCCUGGUGCAGGGUUGGCCAUAGGGGAGGGUAGGCACGAGGACCAAUCUGGAGCCUGGGAGUGCCUGCUCCUCUUGCAGGGGUGCCAGGAGCUGCCCUUCCAGUCUUCCCAGGACCCACCCCGCUCUCUGGGCCUCUGCAUACGGCCCCCCCACAAUUGGUAAAGCUCCGCCCUCCCAGCGCCCCUCCCCCCACUGAUGUGAAUUGCGGCAGAGGCUCACCCUGCCCUGCCCUGUCCCCAGCCACGUGAUCGUGUUGGUGAUUGAUCUGAUGUGCCGGUGCUGUGUUCUCCCACCCCCCCGGGCCCCCUCCCUGGAGGCCCCUUCCCAGUGACACUACCUGGGGCUCAGGCCUGGGCCCCCCAGUUCACGGUUGUUCCUGGGAGCUGCUCUCUCCCGUCACAUCUGUACCUUGGA